AUCAAUGAUCUAACUAAAUCAAAAAUAAUCUACCAAUAUGACAACACAUUAAAAGUCAAACAAAUACUUCAUACAAAAAAAAAGUAAAAAUAUAAAAACCAUAAACAGAUCUACACCACGCUAACACUCACAUCUUGAAACCUAGGAUGGAGGAUGAGGACACAGAUUACUUGCCGCCGCCAAACAUCAACAGCUUGAGUAUACCGAAUGAUCCGGUCCUGCUGGCCGUGUAUGAGCUUUACAAGCCGCCCCUGACCGCCAACCGGAAUUUGAUCUCGGAGCGCAAUCGAGAAACCUUCGCAGAGGCGUUUAAUGAUACCGACCAAGUGCCCACUUUGGCGGAUCUGUGCGUCCGACAGAUGGCUAAACGUGGCAAUGCCGACGUGUCCGACGCCGUGCGCCUAGAUCCGCGAAAGAUGCGCGUCCACUACGACUCACUCGAUGUGGAAGUGCCUCUGCGCGAGUGCUACUUCGUGGAGGACGCCAGCUUCUGGAGGCGGGUGGUCCUAGCUAAGAGUUCCGAGACAUGCCUUGCACUGAAGAGUUUGCAGGAUUACGACUGGCGCGGCAAGGGACUGAGCCUGAAGUACGUGGAGCUGGUGGAGGCCUGUCCGGCUGCCCUUUGGCCAGAGCAAGAUAUGACCGAACUGGCCGCGCUGAUAAAGGAUCACGUGCGCUCCAUGGACAUUCGGCACCUGCAGCCGCCGUCGGAGUAUGCCUUUCGGAAAGCAGAACGUGAGGAAGACGAUUUGGAGCCGGAUAUAACCUCCGAGGAGUCUGGUAGCAUGGAAAUUUCCAGUGACGAGCCAAUGACACCCGAAGACGGCGAGGAGGAGGGGGAGGAAGAAGAGGGGGACGCAGGUUCCACCACGCGUGCAGAGAAAAAAGCUAUUGGAUUCAACACAUCAUUUAAGAUAAACUUUUCCGGCGAUGAAGAUGACUCCGACAACGAGCGUCGCAAACGUCGACAUGAACGGAACGUCGCCCGCCAACGAUUGCGGGAUCUAAAGGCGGCCAGGGAUGCGGAGCACGAGGAGCGCAGGCGACGUCGUUCCGCGAUGCGAAAGCCCAAGGAGCCAGAACCCAAAAAGAAGAAGAAGCGAAGGCAGCGAAUAAAGGGAGCCUUCGAUAUCCGCGUAGAGCCGGAACCGGACGAUGGCGAUGACAGGGUUUUGGACAAACGCAACAAGCAGAGGUAUCUGGCGCAUCUAAAACAAGUGAAAUAUCCGGAAGAGGACUGCACCCACAUCGAUCUAAGCUUUCUACGUCACUUUGUCAACCUGGUAUCGCUGAACUUGGAGUUCCUCGGUCCGGCUUUGGGUAGGAAGUACCACGAGCGGAACGCGCUCUUUUCGAUCAAGGACAUGAUUCGUCUGGCUAGAGGAUUGGUGGCACUGCAGCAGCUGCAGGUCUUCCGGUUUCGAAACAGCCGACUGAGUACCUUCAAGCUAUAUACCGUGUGCCGAGCGCUGCGCACGUUGCCCUUGCUGGAGUUGGUGGACUUUGGGUACAACCAGAUGACUGACGACUGUGGUCCCGAGUUGGGAAGUCUGGUGGAGCGGCUUUGCAUGCUAAAGUCCCUAGAGCUGGAGUACAAUCGACUGGAUACGCGCGCCAUGUCGGCCAUCGGAGCGGCACUGCAGCGAUCGAAUCUCUCCAGACUGGAGUAUUUGGGUUUGGCCCACAACAAGUUAAGCGGGGACUCUCUGUCCAUCUUGUGCAACGGCAUCAAGGACACCGAGCACGUGGAGGAGCUUGAUGUGUCCGGUAUCGAGGCGAAUCCUCGGACAGUUGUGGACCAAAUAGGCUAUCUUCUGCGGCAUCACGAACCGCUUCGUCGGCUGAAAAUGGUGGCCAUUCCUUUAGGCUCGAAGCUGGGCAUAAAGCUUAUAUGUGCCCUGGUCGUUAACAAGAAUGUUACCCAAUUUGACUGUCGGGACUGCGACUUGGACGAGAAAGAAGAGUUUGAGGCAAACGUGGCAGUCAGGCGGAAUAUCUAUGGCGAAAACAGCUUCGUCACGGAUACGAAGCGCUUCCCCAGCAUCGCCGAUGUGUUGGAGUUCGCCAAGACGCUGAAGCAUCCGAUGGUGCAGAAGGUAGAAAACGACAUGGCGAAGAGGAAGGAGUGCUUGCCCUACUGCCCGACUCCAACGCCAAGUGUCCGUAGCCUCCCGGCACAGUCGCUGGUGGCGGAGGAGUCGGAGUACGAUAUUUGGCAGAUGCUUGGCAUCACGAAAAAAGUGACCAAGGACGACUCUCCAGUCGAAGAGCUAGUGAAAAAACAGAGUUCAGUGUCGGUGAUCAAGGAGCCCUUUGUCUACAAACCCAACGAAUUCAACAUGGAGGAGUUCCGAGCCCACGUUUUGCUGCCGGGGCCGAGCAACCGGCACUCCUACUUCAUGAAGGAAAGGCGAAUGGAUUACUAAUCUGUUCGCGGACAUUGGUAUUCUCAUCCAAAUUGAAUGUUUAAACAAUCGACAAGAAGACAAUAAAUCUCCUAUUAAAAACCAGAA